CCAGAGAUCAGAACCAUGCAACUGGUUAAUCUACUCCUGAAACCAUCGCCUGGAUGUAAGGGAAGUGAAUAUCAGUCGUUAUAAUCGUGGAUGUACGAGCAAUCAUCUCGUGCCGUUCGUGCUCAUGUGUCAGAAGCUUUAUUGAAUAUCCGACUCGACUCGAAGGCUCUGACGGCUAUAGCUGCUGUUAGCUUCCGCCCCUGCUGGGAGAAACAACUGGGCUGAUUUCACAACCGCCAUCAGCCCGUAAUGGCCGGAAUGACGGAUAAUAUUCCUUUGCAGCCUGUACGGCACAAAAAACGACACGACAACAAGCAUAAAAUCGGGUGCUGCCCUUGGUCAAGGUGCUGUGGAGCAGGGGAGUUUCGCCCUCGGACAGUUUGGCUAGGCCACCCUGAGAAGAGGGAACAGCGAUACCCGAAGAACGUCAUCAAUAACCAAAAAUAUAAUUUCUUCACCUUUCUUCCUGGGGUGCUGUUUAAUCAGUUCAAAUACUUCUUUAAUCUGUACUUCCUGCUGCUGGCCUGCUCUCAGUUCGUGAAUGAGCUCCGACUCGGGGCUCUCUAUACGUACUGGGUUCCACUGGGCUUUGUUUUGAUCAUCACCAUAGUGAGAGAAGCAGUGGAAGAAAUUCGAUGUUAUGUGCGGGACAAAGAGGUCAAUUCACAGAUUUACAGCAAGCUCUGUACAAGAGGGACCAUGAAGGUGAAAAGUAGUAGCAUCCAAGUCGGAGAUCUUAUCAUCGUUGAAAAGAACCAACGUGUUCCCGCUGACAUGAUCUUCUUACGGACAUCUGAAAGGAACGGCUCUUGCUUCCUGAGGACUGACCAGCUGGAUGGAGAAACAGACUGGAAACUGCGCCUCCCGGUGGCCUGCACUCAAAGACUCCCGACCGCAGCAGACCUAUUACAGAUCAGGUCGUUUGUGUAUGCUGAGGAACCCAAUAUCGACAUCCAUAACUUCAUCGGUACCUUUACCAGGGAGGACGGAGACCCUCCAGUCAACGAGAGCCUGAGUAUUGAGAAUACCCUGUGGGCCAGCACUGUUGUUGCCUCAGGUACAGUGAUAGGGGUUGUGAUUUAUACCGGCAAAGAACUUCGCAGUGUUAUGAACACGUCCAAUCCAAGAAAUAAGAUUGGGCUUUUUGACUUGGAGGUAAACUGCUUAACCAAGAUUCUGUUCGGAGCCCUGGUGGUGGUUUCUCUGGUCAUGGUGGCCCUGCAACACUUCGCUGGCCGCUGGUACCUUCAGAUCUUCCGCUUCCUGUUGCUCUUUUCCAACAUAGUUCCCAUCAGUUUGCGUGUGAACCUGGACAUGGGCAAGAUGGUGUUCAGCUGGAUGAUCAAGAAAGAUUCAAAAAUCCCUGGAACUGUGGUUCGCGCCAGCACCAUCCCAGAGCAGCUUGGACGAAUCUCGUAUCUCCUCACAGAUAAGACAGGGACUCUCACACAGAACGAAAUGGUGUUCAGGCGUCUUCACCUUGGCACCGUGGCAUACGGAAUGGAUUCCAUGGACGAAGUGCAGAGUCAUGUGUUCAGUGCUUACACUCAGCCUCCACACGACCAGCUGGCAUCUAGAGCACCGGUCACGACUAAGGUGAGGAAGACAAUCAGUAGUCGAGUGCACGAAGCGGUGAAGGCCAUCGCCCUGGUGCACAACGUGACACCGGUGUACGAGGGGAACGGCGUGACCGAGCAGGCAGAGGCCGAGCAGCACUACGAGGACACGUGCAGGGUGUAUCAAGCCUCCAGCCCAGACGAGGUGUCACUGGUCCAGUGGACAGAAAGUGUUGGUCUGACUCUGGUGGGAAGAGAUCAGUCCUCUAUGCAGCUGAGGACCCCUAGUGGUCAAAUCCUCAAUUUCACCAUCCUGCAGAUUUUCCCUUUCACCUAUGAGAGCAAGCGCAUGGGAAUCAUCGUACGUGAUGAGACUACUGGAGACAUCACGUUUUAUAUGAAAGGUGCUGAUGUUGUGAUGGCCGGAAUAGUACAAUACAACGACUGGCUGGAAGAGGAGUGUGGGAACAUGGCUCGUGAAGGGCUGCGAGUCCUCGUGGUGGCUAAGAAAUCUCUGACAGAGGAGCAGUACCAGGAUUUUGAGGCGCGUUACGUCCAGGCCAAGCUGAGCGUCCAUGACCGCUCACUUAAGGUAGCCACGGUCCUCGAGAGUCUAGAGAUGGAGAUGGAGCUGCUAUGUCUGACUGGGGUGGAGGACCAGCUGCAGGCUGAUGUGAGGCCAACGCUGGAGAUCCUCCGCAAUGCUGGCAUUAAAGUAUGGAUGCUGACAGGAGACAAACUGGAGACAGCCACUUGCACAGCCAAGAAUGCCCACUUGGUGACCCGUAAUCAGGACGUCCACGUCUUUAGGCCUGUGACCACACGAGGCGAGGCCCACCUCGAGCUCAACGCUUUCAGGAGGAAGCACGACUGUGCUCUGGUAAUAUCAGGAGACUCUCUUGAGGUAUGCCUGAAGUAUUACGAGUAUGAGUUUAUGGAGCUGGCGUGCCAGUGCCCAGCUGUGGUGUGCUGUCGCUGUGCUCCAACACAGAAAGCUCAGAUCGUGAGGUUGCUGCAGGAGCGCACAGGCAAACUCACGUGUGCUGUGGGGGACGGAGGAAAUGAUGUCAGCAUGAUCCAGGAAGCUGACUGUGGCGUGGGAGUGGAAGGCAAAGAGGGAAAGCAGGCUUCGCUCGCUGCUGAUUUUUCAGUGACUCAGUUCAAACAUCUGGGUAGACUGCUCAUGGUGCACGGACGAAACAGCUACAAGAGAUCGGCUGCCCUCAGUCAGUUUGUCAUUCACAGGAGCCUCUGUAUCAGUACCAUGCAGGCCGUCUUCUCCUCCGUUUUCUACUUCGCAUCAGUUCCUCUCUACCAAGGCUUUCUCAUCAUCGGCUACUCGACGAUCUACACCAUGUUUCCUGUUUUCUCCCUGGUUUUGGAUAAAGAUGUGAAAUCUGAGGUGGCUAUGCUUUAUCCUGAACUCUACAAGGAUUUACUAAAGGGUCGACCUCUUUCCUACAAAACUUUCCUCAUAUGGGUUUUGAUAAGUAUCUACCAAGGCAGCAUCAUCAUGUACGGCGCACUGCUGCUCUUUGAGUCAGAGUUUGUGCACAUCGUGGCAAUUUCAUUCACCUCUCUGAUCUUGACCGAGCUGCUCAUGGUGGCACUGACAGUGCAGACGUGGCACUGGCUCAUGAUUGUGGCCGAGCUCCUGAGUCUGGCUUGCUACAUCGCUUCACUCGUCUUCUUACACGAAUUCAUCGAUGUCUAUUUUAUCACCACGCUGUCAUUCGUUUGGAAGGUGACCGUCAUCACGCUGGUCAGCUGCUUGCCUCUGUACAUCCUGAAAUACCUGCGCAGACGCUUCUCACCUCCCAGCUACUCCAAGCUGACCACUUAGAGCCGAUCAAGAAAUGUAAACAGAAAGACGCAUUUCCAGGGUGUUUUUUUUUUUUUUUUUUUAAAUUAUUAUUAAUUUUUUGGUCAUGUGGGUGACUGAAGCGAUUUGCACAGGCUUUUGUUUUUCUAUUAAAAGCGGCGAGAAUGUCAAGGGCCAUUCUGGAAGGUGUUUCUCAAAUAUAAUGAUUGAUUCCAUGAAGAAUCUUCUCAUUUGUGCCAUUUGCAGUCACACCACAGCUAUGAAGCUGAGCCGGGUUCCUAAAGGGCCAUCGGAGCUGAAUCACAAGGGUACUUUCAUGCUUGAUUGCUCGAGUGAGUCACUCACUAGUGAGGGCUAAACAUGCGGGUUACUGUAGCUACGGUGCGCACCGGAGCUUUCGAGAAUCCUGAGGGAAGUGAAUUUCGAUUUAUUUUGCAAAGAAGGUAUAGGGAAAAGAGAGGGAAUUAAUUUCAAAUCAAAAUGAAUUCGUUUUGGUUCAGACUUGAUCUUUUGAAAGGUAUUGCUUUGGAAAGUAUUCUAGAAAUUAAAUAUAUUGAAUAUAAAGUGAUCCUAAGUGUGUGCGCGCACACGCCCCUGUAGUGUAGUCGAUCUGUUUAGAUUAGCAUGUUGUCUCAGACGGUGGUGUUGGUUCAGGCGUAAGGUUACUGAAUACCAUUGUGUUGUGUCUAAAGACCAUGAUGAGUAUAACACACCACAAACAAACUGCUAUUUUAGCAUACAGCUCCCGUUUCUGCUCCCUCUAACCGUGUCCACUCUUGCGGUGACCUCUGGUUUCCCUCUGUCUCUGUGCAUGAAUGAGUAGAUUUCAGACAGAGCACUAACCACUUUUCCUAUUUCCACUACAUUUAGUCCACGUCUUUUUAGAACACGCCCUCUCAGCUCCAAAACGCUUCGCGCUUCGUCUACAUUUCACAUCAGGAUUGUACAUAAGCUAAACGAUCUAAUGUAUGCACUUAAUAUUGAUUAACUGUGUUUCAGCGUGUGGAUUCGUCCAAAUGUUUGUUUGUUUGUUUGUUUGUUUUUUUGGUAAGGUAACAAGGGUGACGCUCUGACCAUGUGCCAUAUUGACCAAUUUUCUUGCAGUCAGGGGUGACAAAAUGUACGGUUUUGCUAUAGCAUUUAAGAUUUUGGAGCUCUUUUAUGGAGACAUGUGAACAUUAGAGUUUUGUGUUAUUUUAGCUAAAGCAACAAUCCAAGCAAGAUUAACGUUCACCGAAGGGGAAAAGACGAGGGAUGUACGUACGUACAGCUAGCAUCCGAUUCUGUUUCAUGUCGACUCCAUGCAGUGUUUGUCUUAAACUUGUAUCUCUGACCUCCGACUUGGGAAGUUGUGCUCAUCCCUGAGUUUAAAAUGGCCGCUAACAACAUUUAACACUAAAGUAUAAUUUUUCUAGUUACAUGGUAUAAACUGGUAUUUUCUUGAGAUCAGUCAGAGUUAAAUAACAGAGUCUGUACAGUUUGCUUGUUUUUGAAGGAAACAAUACACAGUUAGUUUAAAGUUUAAACCAGUAUAAAACAAGAAGGUGUUGAUGGUUUGUGUUUGUUCUCCUUUAAAAGACCUUGUAAAAAAAAAUGCAGGAUUUUUCUGUCUGAUGCUUGUUGUUAGCAGUGUUGGUACCUCUGCAUGCAAAAAGAUUUCUUUGUUUUAUAAUCACUCCAAUUUGUCCUCCUGGGUGCAAUUAAUUACAUUCAAGAAGGGAAUAACUUAAAAAAUUAAGGGAUAUUUGAACAACAAAUCCCUAUCAUGUGUAUUACAGUAAAUAAUCACUGAAUAAUUAUAAUGAUCAUUCAAACAGGUAACAUAUCAAGAACAAAUUGUCUUUGCUUUGAUUUGUGUUCACAGGGAUUGUACUAGUGCUGACUUGGCAGUUGGACCUAGACUAGUGUACAAUGCCAUGUACUCAUGUGAUUUCUGUUCUGUACUUGUUAUCCGUUUUAAAUGUCCGAACUACUUUUUAUUAGUUGAUGACUUGUGAAUUGCUGUAUUGUAAAUAACAAACAAAAAAAAAAAAAGCAUUUUAUUUAUUAACAUUUCUAAUUUGUGUUGGAAUUUGCACACCGAUAAAUAAUUGCCGAACAAAAAGGGACAAAAUAACUGAAUGUCCGUGGCGUUGAAAUAAAGUAGGAGUUUUCUUAUCAUGGA